AAUGUAGUUGUCACGUGAGUAUAAGAACGUCACAAAAGUCUGGCGAAAAUCGUUUCAUUCCUUUUCUGAUCAUCAGACAUUGUCAUCGAUUAUUUCAUCCUCUCUCUCUCUAUCUAUCUCUCCAUAUAAUAAGCACUAACAUCUAUCUAGUAGUAGUACUACUACUAGUACUGCUACUGUCUGACCAUUACUUAUUAUUUCAUUGCUGACUUUUCGCCAGUUGAAGAAUGUCUUUAAGCACUAAAAUGUCCAAGUGCUGUGUAUUGAUUCUCUGUUUGUUGUUUUGGACUGCAGCAGCCAUUCUGUUCUAUGGUGGUGCUUGGAUUUUCAAAACUUACCAUCAUUUUGAUCAACUGACCACAGCCAAUAUUACCCUCAUCCCAGCCAGUAUCAUAAUUGGUGUUGGCAUCAUAUUAUUUAUCAUUGGACUUCUGGGAAUUGUCGCUGCUGGCAAAGAAAACCGAUGGCUUCUUGCAGCGUACUUCAUUGCCUUACUUGUGGUACUCACUGCUGAGGUCACAGCUGGUCUGUUAGCUUACUUAUACAGAUCACAUGUGACCUCUGCUGUGUCAGACGGAUUAAAGAUUGCUAUCAACAAAUAUGACAAUGUCAGUAGUAUUGAUCAUGAUCAGAUUGACUAUGUACAGCGAGAGUUGGAAUGCUGUGGUGUAAAGAACGCCACAGAUUGGCGUAACACAAAAUGGUACAAGACCUACCACGCAGUGCCAGAAAGUUGUUGUAUGCCUCAAACUAUGCACAAUGUUACCUGUGAUACAAAACUUGAUCAUCAUUCUACAGGAAUCUAUCACCAGGGCUGUUACGAACGUUUGAAGCUGAAAUUUCUUGACAAUUUGACUUACAUAACCUCAGCAGGGAUCACAUUUGCUCUUCUUCAGAUAAUUGGACUGAUUGCAACGUGUAUUCUCUGCUGUCGAACCCGUGGAGUGAUUGCUUACAAAAACCUCAACAGUAAUGUUAGUGCUAAUGGUCUGAGAGUCUAACACUUUAGUUAUGUCGGCAUUUUGCAAUGGUUCACAAACUAUAGCUUUUCCCCCUAAAACAUCCACUGUCGAAUAUACUCAAUCGAAACAUUUCACACAAUUUUAUUUAAUCAAACUUGCAUGCUAAGUUUUUGUUAGGUUUUUUUUCUUUUCUGUUUAAGAUUUUUCUUUAAUCAAUUUUUAUUUUAAAAAAAAUUCCCCCCCCCCCUAGUUAUUUGUUUGAAACUGAAAAUUCCUAUCAGACCUGUUGUCUCAAUAAAUAUUGAGUCUUGAUUGGUGUGGUGAAGGAGUUUGAUUCUGUGGCUUGCAUCAUGUACCACCCCAUAAACUAUAUUCUAAGAGAUUAAUUAUAAUUUUUCCAAACUUUCAUUUUAUUUUUGAUAACUUAUUUGGAAUUGACCAUUACUCUGUGUGUGUAUGUGUGCGUGCAUGAGACUCCUGUUUUCUCAGCUGACAUACUUGUUUUGUUAUGACUCUUUGACCAUCAACACCAACAUUCUGCUUUUAGCUAUCAACAGCUGAAUUUAUGAUACUCCCUCUUUUUUGACCAAGACUGAUAAACUAAGUGGAGGGGGGGGAGUCACUAUUUUAUGGAAGGUUUAAUAUCACCAAUAGUCAGUGUUAUCAGGAAGUUGUAACUAAUUUCACAAAUUAUUAAUGACAAAAAUUAUUAAAUAUAUUUUACCCCAAUCUUUGAAAAAAAUUUUUUAAAACACCAAUUAUUUUGGGGCCAGCACUUGUUCAUCUCUAAAAUAAAUUAAUCUUCUGUCAGUUUUAUGUUUCUCCCCCCCCCCUCAUCAACUGUAGUUGCUUGUGACUUAAGUAUCUGGACAGUAACAUCUUUCAUUUAUUGUUGCUUCAAAUAUCUUUCACUAGUGUAUAUAUACACUUACACAUGUAUAUAAUGACUAUUGUGUGAACCGAUCCCUUUUGUUACAAAAUAUUCCUUUUACAAACAACUAAUAGAUUCUUUUUGUCUCACUAUUUCACAUUAAAAAAAAGAAAAGAAAAGAUGCUUUACACUCCAAUUGAAAGUUAUUUUGAAUAUUAAUUUUCAAUAUGUAAUAUUAUAUUUUAUAAUCUACAUAAUCUUGAUGCUGAAAAUUAUUUUGUUAUCAACUGUAUUUAUUCGAAAUGGCUCCUGUCCCUUAUUUAACAACACCUAGGCAACAGCCAAGUACCAAGGUAGUUAAUGGAUACUUAAAUGUCAAACUCCUAAAGUAAGACAUAUACAGGGUGAGCUCAUACAAUUACUAAAAUAGUUGUAUGCUAGUUUAUUUAUCUCAAGCAUUAGCUAAACUUCCAGACUCAAAGCUGUUCUUUGAGUUUAAUCUCAAUGUCUGGCUCUCUAUGCUUAAGUUAGAUAUGGUAGUUAGAGCCAUUAAAAGGAUUCACCAUUUCAACAGGGAAAUUGAAUUUGUUUUGGACUCGAAGCUAACAUUUUGGUGAUGGUGUGUACUGUUUUGUAAUUUCUACAAAAUUAAUACUGGAUAUUGAUCAGUACCUGUGAAAUCCUUGUCAUUCCAUCUUUUUAAACUAGAACACAUUCAUUAGUGAUUUGUAUUUAAUCUAUCAUCUAACAUUUAGUGAGACAAAUAUAUUCAGUCAACUCUUUUCAAAAGACAAUGAAAUUCUGUUUUAAAAAGUAAAAUAAACCUGUUUUAUUCAAAA